GAAGUUCUAAAUUUGUAUCUUUACACGACCUGCUUUAUGAUCCACAGUAGAUUUCAAGGUAGUUGAGAAUUGUUAUUUAAGUAUUAAAAAAGCUGGUCUGAAACAAGAAUGUAUCAGCAGUACGCAGCUGGCGCAGCUGCCGGCGGCACAGCGUGGGCACACGUCCCCGCCGCUGCCGGUUACUAUGGAGCGGCAGCAGCAGCCGGAGCAGGACGGAUUCGACCGGAUGCGGCAGGUGCCGUCUACGAUUCAGCCAAAGCGAAAAAAGGCCGCAGCGAACAGAAGGCCCGACCGCCACCAGGACUAAGUUCUGCAUACGACGUGCAGGAAGACCUCGCUACCGCAGACACAACCGGCGCAGCAACGUUUGCCACGACCGCAACCGGAUAUCCGACCCAUCAGACGAUUUACACAGCGAGUACUCUUUUCCGUUUGUUUUUUUACGAACAAAAUCAAAUGAUUUUGCGAGUUCCAAUUUGUUUCUAGUACCAAGAAGCAAAUUAUAUCGUGUAGUAUACCUUAUAAAUGCGGUAGUAGUAGUAGUAGUAGUAGUAGUAGUAGUAGUACACCGCUCUAUCCCAAACCUUGUUACAACUCUGAGUAUACAACUAAGAAAGUAAAUCUGCCCCUCCACACUACAGAACAACUAUAAAAAAGACAAAAAUACUAGCAGAAAAACUUUUUAAUCGUAAAAUCAGCAGAUCAUGGGCCUACUUACGUGAUCACGCCUGCGGCGUUGGCGCAACCUGCUAUGGGUGUUGCUGGAUGGACCGACUAUCAUCCAUAUUCCACAGUCGGCGACCAGGAGUAUCAACAGGCGAUGGCUGCCGUUGCAUGCGAAUUUCCUGCAGUGGCACAAGAGUAUAUCCAUGAUCUAGUGAGAUCAUUUAUUUUAGUACUGCUACUGAACUACAACAUGACAAUCGUUCGUGCCUUUACUAAUACUACGUACUACAUGAUUAAAGAAUCUUAUGCGGUACGUUGUUGUCGUAUACACUACAUCGUCUGACAUCAACAUGUUUUUUUGUUAUUUUGAUUAUGCGAUCCAACGUGAUUCCGAUUCUUGGCAGGUAUGCGACGAGCCCCGAACAGCGUGCGGACCCACCACCGCCUCCUCCGGAGGAGCUGCAGCAGCAAGAGCAAUACUGGGCUGCGGCUGCGGCUGGUGCCUCGGGUAAUACCGUUGCUGGUGCGGCAGGAGCAGCCGCUGCCGUCACAGGAGCAGGAUUAGCGGGAGCUGCCGCUAAAACUAAGCCGCGCGCGGCCUUGGGAAAAAAGACGGGUGGAGCAGGCAAAGGCGGACCAGCGGACUACACAGCCAAGGAAGCUGAGAAUGACGACGCGUGGGGAGCAGGUGGUGCUAUUUUUAUAUGGGACCACGAGAAGUGAAAAAAUGUCAUCUGUUGUUCUGUAGAAGUCGGCUCUUUUUUUGUCUAAGGUCUACCUGAUUGAGUAUAUGGCGCCACGUUUGUGAAUUGUUAUGCUUGCAUAUGUUCAACUUCCAUCUCCAUUAUACUAAAUCUGUUGUUCUUCUGAUUUUUUUUUGAGAGUCAGCAGCUUGUUCGAACAGGUUCUGCCGCUGGUCCGGGAGGGAAUUCUUUUGCGCCUGCCGCGGGUAAGGGCAUUACGGGCAAAAAAUCUAGUCCGAAGUCACCGCGAUAUUCUGCUGCGGGUGUGACGGCCGCUUCAGGUUCAGACGCGGAGAAUGCGAAGAUUUCCUGGGCUCAUAUCGUAGCCCCAACUCCCGCUGCCACGACAGAAGCCCCUCAGCCCGUUCCGGUUCCAGCGCCCACCGGCAAGAAAAAGAAGAAUAAAGCCGAACAGAAAUCUCUUGGGCAAAAGCUGGCUGAGGUAUUGUCGUGAAGAUCACUGGUCGUGAUAGUUGUUAAUGCUGAGUUAGCGUACAGAGUAGUGUGAAGGUAGUAUCAAGAAAUCAAUAUCAAUAUGAUGAGACACUUCUUGAUAUGUCCGUCCUUAGCCUUUCCUGAAAAUUGAUACAACCACUUCUAGAUGCAAGCUGGCGCACCAAAAGAGGAGGCAGCUACUUCAGAAGAAACGCCGAAAAAAGGCGAAGUCGAAGGAGUCACAACUGCGGCCACCGCCGCGGAUGCUGGAAAGGGAGCCAAGCCCACGGAAGAUAAGUCACACGCUGCUAAGGCUGCGGUAUAAGUAAUUCUUUCGAGUGAAGAAGGCAAAUGAUGUUAGCCUGUGUGUGAAGAAAAGUUGCUCUUUCUUGAGUCCUCCGAAAAGUACUUAUAUGGCUACAACAAGUUAAGCACAAGAUGAUGCGAAAAAGGAUGAUUUGUUCUUUGUGCUGCCACUCAAAUCCAAAAUACAUUUCGAAAAUCUAAAUACCAUGUAAAUACAACAACAUGUGAAGAAACAAAUCAGGUUGAUUCCGCUUCGAAGCGUGCGGCGUCUCAGUCUCCGGGUACCGUUCGCGAGGAUGUCGCUAUGCGCGAGAAGGUGAUUGAUCACCGAGCCCAGGAGCUCGCAGAGCAGGCACAGGGGGUGAUCGCUGAUCCGGAACUACGACGGAAGGAGAAAGAUCGCGAACUCCGACGAAAGCAGCGUGAAGCCGCUGAACGCUUUCGGUACCUAUAGCCUUAGUCUUAGUGCUGGUCCUUCUUCUAGUUCUAUUGGGAUAAAUCAUAGACUAAAAGGAGAUGAUCUUGAUCUCUAUGGUCUUGAAUCUAGCCAGUUCUUCGAAGAACAACUAGUCGUACUUGUAGAUAGUCUACACAUAAAGACAAGGGUGACAACCGUUGUAAAUUUUGACUUAUCAUUCUGCUCAACUUACUGUCAUCAAAUAAAACAUCAAAUUAUUUAAAUCUCAAGCUAUUGAUACAUUCCUUACAACUACAGCAAAGAAGCGUCUGCAAAGCGUCAAGCAGCAGAUGAGGAGCGGGCUGAGGUGCGCCGAAAAAAGAAAGAAGAUGCGGAAAAGAAAAAACCGACUCUUUUUGAAGCCAUGCAAACAGGAGGUGUGCCGCCGCAUGCGGAUCCAAACGCCAAAAAACCAGGCGUACUUUUCCAGCAGCCAGCGGCGACAGGUGAGAAAAUUUCGCGUCUACUUGAUGUCCUCGGUAACAACACCCACGACGAUCAUGGUGAGCAUAAGAAUUAUAUAUAAGUAGAAACUUUGUUGCUUACCAUCUGCUUAGAGGAUUUCCGUAGUUUGUGAUGCGACUGUAGUGAUCUUCUGCAAGAAGUGUUUCUGACUGAACACAUGAUCACUUUUCAGGUCAUACAUCGCAGCAAACGCGCGCAGCACCGGGUUUCAUGAAAGCAGGAUUUGAUAGUCCGAGUCGUGUCCCUUUGUGGUUUGCACACGGCACGCCACCUGGAUUCGCAGCAUACUACCAGCAGGACGGAGCUUACCAGCAGGAUGGCACUCUGCAGGAACCGGUCUACGUCGAGUCAUCAGGCGAACCAAGCAAAAACGGAAGUGUGGAAGGCGGGUAUUUUAUACGAUAAUUUGUUGACUUUUUUAUUUUGAAGUUUGUGAACAGUUGAGCUGAUAGAAGAAUUGAUGUAGUACAACUUGUAAGUAUGACUAUAAUGCAACUUCUUCGUAGUCUGAACAACCUUGAUGUCCAAUGUUGUCCUCGUCAUUGAAGAAGUCCAAGUUAUAUGCCACAUUAUUUCCAAAUCUCAGCGACAAAGAGGCUGAUCUCGGCAGUAGCGACGAGUAUGUAGCGAUUUUGAGGGGUGAGGUUCCGCUUGAGAAGCUGUACCAGGGUGGCGAGUUCGAGUACAAGGACGAAUUUGAGAGUCACACCUUUGACAUUCCCGCGUGGACUAAACCUGGGACGAAAUUGGUGCAAGGCUCGCAGAGUCUCAUCGUCACCCUCACUGAGGAGGACCAGGCGUUGCUCGAUGGAGAGGAUUUGCACCUGAAGAAUUGUCCGAUCGACUUCUACACAGCCCUCUUGGGAGGAACCUGCAAAGCCAACGUCUUUGGCGAAGAUGUGUCCUUGGCCAUACCGAAAAUGGUUCGAGACGGCGACCUCCAAGUCUAUCCUGGACUAGGCUGGGCGAAAGAGGGACGCCUCAUCGUCACUUUCGAGGUACUUAUACUAUACUGCUCAUACUUCUUAAGUACUUAUAUCUACAGUUCCUUUGAAGAAUUAGAUUCUUGAGUGCGAUAAAGAUAGUAUCUUUUUUCUUUCUUAUAAAUAUGGAAGACUGAUUUUUCUGAUGCAUACAAUCCAUCUUCAUUACAACUAGGUCGGUGAUCCGCCUUCAGACUGGGCCGAGACUAGAGCUAAAUGGGCAGAAGUUAUUUCACACAGUUCGGACCCAGCUAAGGAAGCUGCGCAGCCUGAAAAGUAA